CCUUUGCAUUCGCUGCGGGAUUGGUAUUCUCAUCGUGAUACGACAGCAUGAUCAUAUGGAGGGAGACUCUUGUGAUUUUAUAGAACUUUCGGGAGUGUUUGAAUAUAUAUGUAAAACUUUUUCCUUGCUAUAUUUAAUUAGUUCAAGUUAUGGCAGAGUCAAGUCUUGACGAUUUCUUCGCUAAGAAGGACAAGAGUAAAAAGAAAAGUAAAUCAAAAAUAACCCCUGGUGACAUUUUGUCACAGCAGGAAAAAGAACUAGGUUCUGUCAAGAAAGAAAAGAAAAAGAAGAAGAAAGAUGGCGAAUCUACACAAACAUCAGCAUCAGGAGCUGAGGGCCAAACGAAUAAGACGGAAGAUGAUGAAUGGGUUGAUUUUGAACAAGAAACAGAGAAAGAUUACACAGGGCUGAGAAUUCAGAACCUCCAGAUCAAUAAGGAUAAAUCGGAUCAGGAGGAUGAAGGCAAUGAGAAUGAGAAUGAUGAGGAGUGCGAUGAGAAUGGAGAGAGGAGGGAAGGGGCCCAGGGGCCAUGGAAUGUGAGGGAGGGGCAAACAACUCAACAACAGCCUGCACCACAGGCUGCAGCUGCUCCACCACCUGUUGAGGAAAGUAAAUCAGACACAACUCCUGCCCGGCCUGGUAAAUACAUCCCACCCUCAAUGAGAGGAGGAGCUAUGAGUACUAGUUCUACUGAUUCACCAGCCAGACCCACACCCAGGAGGAAAAAGGCCGCCCCCAAUUUAAGUAGUGAGGAGGACUUCCCCACCCUGGGAGGUGGACCCACACCUGCAGAACUCAGUGAGCUGAGUGGCUCGUCCUUUAACAGAGUGCAGUCUGGAGGAAAAACUAUGGAGGACCCAAGUAAGGCACACCAGUCCCUGUCCCUCGGGAAUAAAUUCUCUGCUUUACAGGACUAGCGAACCGCAGGUUAAUGUGAGACAGGACUAAGAAACAGUAGGUUAUUGUGAGACAGGACUAAUGAACUGCAGGUUAUUAUGAGGGCUCCUUCAGCAUCAAACAUUUCUCGAUUUUUUCCUUCAAUUUCAGAAAAUGGGAUGAGAGAGAUAUAUUGUGAUCAAGUGCUUAUUUGAAAACUGAUGUACCGGUAGAAUGAUAGUGCUUUGUUAAAUAUUGAACCACUUGUUUCUUUUAAUAUUCACACCUUGUUUGUAUAAGUAUUAUUCUGCAUGCCUUAGUGUGCCAAGUUAAUUCUGGAAUGAGUGCAGAAGUGGUGGUAGAAAAAGGCUUUUGUUACAUCUGUAGAACUGGUGAUUAAUCUUUGUGUGUGCUCUUUCUUUUUCUGCAGUGUUCUAUGCAUGCAAUAAUGACUAGGUGAUAAUUAUACCCCCCGCAAACGAAGUUUGGGGGGUAUAUAGGAAUCACCUUGUCCGUCUGUCUGUCCGUCCGUCUGUCUGUGCAAUCGUGUCCGGUCCAUAUCUUUCUUACAGAGGGACAUUAGAAUCUACUACUCCACACUAAGAUUGCUCAUGACCUAAGGGUGUGUCAUGACCUUGACCCAAGGUCAUUCGGGGAAGUUCAAGGUCACUGGAAGAAAAAUUUCAUAAUUCGUGUCCGGUCCAUAUCUUUCUUAUGGAUAAACUUGGUAGGUUCUCAUUUCACUGAAAGAUUGCCCAUGACCCAAGGGUGUGUCAUGACCUUGACCCAAGGUCAUUUGGGAAAGUUCAAGGUCACUGGAAGAAAAUUUUCAUAAAUCAUGUUUAAUACAUAUCUUUUAUAGAUAAACUUGGUAGGUUCUCAUUUUACACAAAGAUUGCCCAUAACCCAGGGAUGUGUCAUGACCUUGACCCAAGGUCAUUUGGGAAAGUUCAAGGUCACUGGAAGAAAAUUAUUUAUAUUCCCUGUCCUGGCCAUAUUUUUCUUAUGGAUAAACUUGGUAGGUUCUCAUUUCACACAAAGAUUGCCCAUGACCCAAGAGUGUGUCAUGACCUUGACCCAAGGUCAUUUUGGGAAGUUCAAGGUCACUGGAAGAAAAAUUUUAUAAUUUGUGUCCGGUCCAUAUCUUUCUUAUGGAUAAACUUGGUAGGUUCUCAUUUCACACAAAGAUUGCCCAUGACCCAAGGGUGUGUCAUGACCUUGACCCAAGGUCAUUUGGAGAAGUUCAAGGUCACUGGUAGAAAAAUUUCAGAAUUUGUGUCCGGUCCAUAUCUUUCUUAUGCAUAAACUUGGUAGGUUCUCAUUUCACACAAAGAUUGCCCAUGACCCAAGGGUGUGUCAUGACCUUGACCCAAGGUCAUUUGGGGAAGUUCAAGGUGACUGGUAGAAAAAUUUCAUAAUUCGUGUCUGGUCCAUAUCUUUCUUAUGGAUAAACUUGGUAGGUUCUCAUUUCACUGAAAGAUUGCCCAUGACCCAAGGGUGUGUCAUGACCUUGACCCAAGGUCAUUUGGGGAAGUUCAAGGUCACUGGAAUAAGAAUUUCAUAAUUUGUUUUUGAUACAUAUCUUUAUUAUGGAAAAACUGACUUCUGAAAAACCCAGCGGGGGGUAUUUUGUCCCGUUUGGACAGUUCUAGUUAAUUUUAAAAAUUGAAGCUUUUAUUCUACUCCUUCAAGUUAAAAUCAAGAGUUAAAGUGUUUAAAUUCUGUAGUUUUGUUAAUUUUCAUGUCUUCCUUUAUUUUUGACUUAUUUCUAUAGAUAUUAUGUUACCAAUUCAAUUGGAUAAAUUCCUAGUAAAUAUGAAUGCCUUGGGUACUUUUGAAGUAAAUGGGUGCAUUGUGGAUAAGAGGUCAUAUUGAUCUGUUUAUCAUCUACAUAACAUUUGUUGUGUUGAAAAAAUUGUUAAAUGUUGUUCAUUUGCAACAAGGUUGCAGACAGUUAUUAAGGACAUAUGAAAUAUAGUUUUGAGUUUUAUUUUCUUUUUCUCUUUGUAAUUGAAGAGUUCCAAUAUUUAAAGGACCUUAUAGUGACUUUUAUAAUGUCUUGUGCUCUAUAGCUUUUGCAAAACAAAUUUUGAUGAAAUACCAACUAAAAAUGCCUGUAAUUUUUAGCUCUACUGGUCAGAGACCAGAAGAGCUUAUGCGAUAGUAAUGCGUCCGUCGUCCGUCCGUCUGUCUGUCUGUCCGUCUGUCUGUCUGUCUGUCUGUAAACAAUUUUUCAAAAUGCUACUCCUCCUACAGUUUUGGUCUGAUUUCAAUAUAACUUGGCACAAAAGUAGACUACACUAAGAUACAUAAUUCUGUGCAUCGGUUUUUGAUUUCGAUGAACAGUGUUGCCGUGGUUACUAAAAAUAGAAAUUUCUUUGAAAUUCUUUCAAAAUGCUACUCCUCCUACAGUUUUGGUCCAAUUUCAAUAUUACUUGGCACACAAGUAGACUACACUAAAAUACAUAAUUCUGUGCAUCGGUUUUUGAUUUCGAUGAACGGUGUUGCCUUGGUUACUAAAAAUAGAAAUUUCUUUGAAAUUCUUUCAAAAUGCUACUCCUCCUACAGAUUUGGUCCGAUUUCAGUAUAACUUGGCACACAAGUAGACUACACUAAGAUACAUAAUUCUUUGCAUCGGUUUUUGAUUUCGAUAAACGGUGUUGCCGUGGUUACUAAAAAUAGAAAUUUCUGUGAAAUUCUUUCAAAAUGCUACUCCUCCUACAGUUUUGGUCUGAUUUUGAUAUAACUUGGCAUACAAGUAGACUACACUAAGAUACAUAAUUCUGUGCAUGGGUUUUUGAUUUCAAUGAACAUUGUUGCCAUGGUUACUAAAAAUAGAAAUUUCUGUGAAAUUCUUUCAAAAUGCUACUCCUCCUGCAGUUUUGGUCUGAUUUCAGUAUAACUUGGCACACAAGUAGACUAUACUAAGAUACAUAAUUCUGUGCAUUGGUUUUUAUUUUGAUGGGUGGCAAGGAUCAUUUUUCUAUUUAUUGCUGAUUUAAAGUCUCAAGUCCCAACUGCUACUUUUCUCUUCCUUUGUUUUACGUAUAAACCAGUAGAGCUACAGUCUCGACAGAGACUUCUGGUUCUUUGUAUAACACAAGAUUUUUUUCUGAUACCUACAAAUGAUGUAUUUAGAUCUCUUGACAGAUGUGCCGUUACUAAUUGUUUAAGAGCAUCUGAUGGUAUUGAUAUCACACAAUGGUGUAAAUGAUCAUGUGUUAUAUAGCAUCAUUUAUACACAUCAUGUAAAAUCUAAGUCUUGUUUAUACUAUGUGAAGCUGCAAGUAUUUUGCGACAGUAGCUAUUCAGAAGUUAUGAGUAUAUUAGAAUUUCUAAUUACCGGGGUAUAGAUGUCAGAAUAAUAGAGUGCUACAGUAUGAAACCUUGUCUGCUAUGAUGUAUGUAUUUACAGAGCCAGUUGUAAAGGGCACUCAGAAGUAACGUGUGAUAAAAUAAAUUUAUAAUGGGGCAAUCAUAAAUUUAUUGUUGGGCACUCAAAGGUUAUGUUUAACAAGAAAAUCAUUACGCUUGUUGAUUCACAUCAUUGUUUUUCAUAGUGUCUAUUGGUAGACACGAAUGUGUAUAAACAUGCUCAGACAUCACCACUAUCGACGCUUACUGUCCAUUUUUCUGUUAAUUUAGCAGAGAAAAAAUAUAGAAUGAUGAACAUAAAUACAAAUGUUUGAUGCUUUUGUCGGUCAACAUUACACAGUAAAAGAUUGUAUGUUGGAAUUUAAAUUAAAUAUUUUGAUAUUAACUCUGACAGCUUGCAAUAUUUAUGCUAUAUUUUUCUGUACAUUGUUGUUAAUUGAAAUGUCAUGAAGAAAACAUAUGUUACAAAUUUGUAAAGGUAUUAUUCAUGUAGGGGCAGUUUUGGUGAGUUUAUAAUUUGAAACUUGUUUCUUUCAAUAAACUGGUUCACUUCAGA